AUGAGCUCAUCAUCUUCAACCAGUGGUUUUAAAAAAUUUGAUUCUUCAGCAAUUGCAUCAGAUUCAGAGGUUGAACAAGAUAUAGCAAUAAAACCAAAUCCACCAUUAAGAAGAUCUUCUUCAUUAUUUUCAUUAAGUUCAAAAGAUAAUUUACCAAAACCAGAACAAGAAGAAUAUUUAAAAUUUAUUGAUGAUAAUAGACAUUUUUCAUUAAUUAGAAAUUUACAUAUGGCUGAUUUUAUCACUUUAUUAAAUGGAUUUUCAGGUUUUUAUGCAAUUAUUUCAUGUUUAAGAUAUACAUUAACUGGUAAAUCAAAUUAUGUUCAACGUGCUCAUUUUUUUAUAUUAUUGGGUUUAUUUUUUGAUUUUUUUGAUGGCAGGGUAGCAAGAUUAAGAAAUAAAUCAAGUUUAAUGGGUCAGGAAUUAGAUUCUUUAGCUGAUUUAGUUUCAUUUGGUGUUUCUCCUGCUACUAUUGCAUUUGCAAUUGGUUUUCAAACUACUGUUGAUGUUUUAUUAUUAACUUUUUGGGUAUUAUGUGGUUUAACAAGAUUAGCUAGAUUUAAUAUUUCAGUUAAUAAUAUACCGAAAGAUAAAACUGGAAAAUCACAAUAUUUUGAAGGUUUACCAAUUCCCUCAAAUUUAUUUUGGGUUGGAUUUAUGGCAUUUUUGGUCUACAAGGAUUUAAUUCAUGAAAAUUUACCAUUUGGAACUUUAUUUAAAGAUACUCCGUUUGAAUUUCAUUUAAUUACAAUUGGUUUUGUUUUACAAGGUUGUGCUAAUAUCUCAAAAUCAUUAAAAAUUCCAAAACCAUAA